CGAGAACAGCUGCCCCUACUACGCGGCACGCGCGGCGCUCGACGAGGCGCAGCUCGUGUGUCUGCCGUACCCGUCGCUGCUCAACUCGGCGACGAGGCAGGCGCUCGGCGUCCGGCUCGGCGGCUCGGUGGUCCUGAUCGACGAGGCGCACAACCUCAUCGACACCAUCAACGAGAUGCACUCGGUCACGCUCUCUGCUCGCCACCUCUCCGAGUGCUCCGCCCAGCUGGCGCAGUACGAGGAGCGCUACUCCGGCCGCCUCAAGCCGUCCAACCGGACGAUGGUGCGCAGGCUCCUCUUCGUGGUCCGCGCGCUGCGAAAGGCGCUCACGCCGCCGCGCACUGCGAACGGCGCCGCCGCCGCCGCCGCGGCAGUGGAGCGGAUGAUCCACGUCAAUGCCCUGCUGAGCGUGUACGACCUCGACAACAUCAACCUUCUGGAGCUCAAGCACUUUUGUGAGAAGUCGUUGAUUGCAAACAAGCUGCAGGGCUUCGCCGAGAAGAGCCAGCGCGCGGCGGGCCCGGCGGGGCUCGCCGCGGGCGCGGGCGCGCAUGCGCGUGACGCGCCGCGUGUCACUCUGCACCCCGUCAUCGCUCUGCUCGAGGGCCUCGCCCACUCCGACAAGGACGCGAGGGUGCUGCUGCACGUCGAGCCGCUGCAGCCCCUCCGCCCGCCCGCCGCCUCCCGCCCCGACUCGUGGCUGCGCGUGCUCCACCUCAAUCCCGCAACCUACUUCGCAUCUGUCCUCUCUGAGGCGCGCCGCUGCGCCGCGCCGCGCGCUGCCCCAUCCGCCUCCCCGGAGCCUUGCCGGCGCCCUCCUCAGGCGCACGCCGUCGUGCUGUGCGGCGGGACGAUGCAGCCGUUCGAGGACCUGCGCCAGCAGCUCUUCACCAACCUGCCCCCCGGCCGGCUCCGCACCGCCGCCUACGGCCACAUUGUGCCGCCCGAGCGGGUGGCGCCAGUCAUCUUCUCUCGCGGCCCGCGCGGAUCGCCGUUGUCGUUCUCGUUUGGCAGCCGCGGCGCACCCGCGCUGAUGGACGAGCUCGGGGAGCUGCUGCUCGCGCUCGCUGCCACCGUGCCCGACGGGCUCGUCGUCUUCGUGCCCUCAUUCCAGUACGAGGCGCAGCGAUGGGCCGCGUACGAGGCGCAGCUCGUCGCGCGCUGGGAGGCGACGGGCCUCUGGGCGAAGCUCGACGCGCUCAAGCGCACCUUCCGCGAGCCCCGUGCGACGGCCGACCUCGACAAGGUGUUGAGCGAGUACGCCGCCACCGUCGCGCAGCGCGGCGGCGGCGGCGGCGGCGGCGGCGGCGGCGGCGGCGGCGGCGGCGGCGCGCUGCUCCUGUCGGUGGUGGGCGGCAAGAUGUCCGAGGGGAUCAACUUCUCGGACCGGCUCGGCCGCUGCGUCGUGAUGGUCGGCUUGCCGAACGCGAACCCGUACGAGCUCACGCUGCAGGAGAAGAUGGGUCACCUCGACGCCGUGCAGGGAGUGGGCGCCGGCCGGGCCUACUACGCGAACCUGUGCAUGAAAGCGGUCAACCAGUCCAUCGGCCGCGCUAUUCGCCACCGGGCUGAUUUUGCCGCCAUCGUGCUUGCCGAUGCGAGAUUCGUCAAGCCGACCGUCCGCUCCAAGCUGCCCGCGUGGAUCGAGCGACGUGUCGAGGCGCCGGACUCGUUCGAGGGGUCGAUGGCGGCGGUCGACCCGGCGUGGCCGCGGCCGUCAUCCUAUCCCAGGACUGUCCCCGCGGUCCUCACGCCCGAGGAGACGGAACUUCUUGCCAAGCUGUACUGGACCCUUAGAGCCCGCAACUUCUACGGCCGGGGUCGCGUCCCGUACUACUCGCUGCUCGAGCACAUGCGCCGCUUUGAAGAGCCGAAGCUCGCGGGGAUCGUCGAAAAGCUCCAGGCGAUAGCAACCAAGAUUUGCGGCGGUAGAGUCGUGAUGCACAACGACUUUUGGUCGAUGCGCGCCCACGGAUCACUCAGCCCGUUCGAGGCGCGACACCGCGACGACGACUUUUGGCUCACGGGCUACGGGGGCGGUUACGGAGGCGUCAACCUGUGGGUGAUGCUGCAGCAGGUGGAUACCCCAAGACACUUUUGA